AUGCGUGUCCAGAGAUGUAAUUUGAGAGAUCUGUCAGCCUUGAAAGUUACAAUAACCCAGUUAUCCGGAGAAACUGAAGCUACGUGGUCCAUUGAGCAGCGAGCCUACCUCAGGGCACAGAUGGCCUGGUUUCUAAACCCUCUGGGAGCUGUGCCAAAGCACAAACGAGAUCGAGGAUGCACUCGACUGAGCAAAAAAGGUAUUUUCAAUGCUGGUCAGAGUCAGACUGCCUGGCCAUCCAAGCAUUCAGUUCGCUCAGUCGCGGCCGCCUAA